AUGUCGGAUUCGGGAGACUCAGACGAUAUCGGAUAUAUGGCUGCGCAGUCUAGCGAUCAUGACCCCGAGCUAGAGAAUAAUUCCGAUGAUGACGAAGAUGAUGGUGUCGAUGUCGAUGAUGGAGAUGAGUUGGACUCGAGUUCCGACGGGCUAUCUGAAUCCAACGACUUUUUUGAUCUGGAGGCUGCCGACUCCGACGACGACGUGUCAAGCUCUGGCAACAGCGAUAGCGACCAAGACUACGACGAACCGGAGAUCCACUUCUUUCCGCAGUUCAAACGCCUCCCCUUUGAACUCCGCCACAGCAUCUGGGAGUUUUUCUGUCCAGAUCUCACCGGUCGCCCACGCGUGCUAUGGUUUAACCUUAGCCACCAUCACCGGAGGGAUGGGUCCAAAUAUUUGGUCCCUGUCGAAGGCCCUUUCCUGGAUCAGCAGACGAGACCCGCCCGGGCCAUGUUGGCCGUCCAUCAGGAGUCCCGUCAACUAAUCCAGAAGGUCCUUCCUAACACCCUAUCCUUCGGUCACGAAGCCGUCCUUCAUUUUAAUGCCGAGAGGGACAUUGUUCAGUUGAGCUCCAGACACUCUUCUACGGUGUUGCACCUCGAUAAGACACCGCGGCUCCCGGGCUUCGGGGAGCACAUCCGCCACCUCGCCUUGGAUGUGAUUAGUUUGUUCACCACUGGACAGCGGACUCCGGGCCCGGCGAAAUCGUUCGAGAACCUGCAGGCGGUUUAUUAUGUUACCAACCCAUUUGAUCAUAAACGCCGGCACCUACGCUGGUGUUUCUCUGACUUUGCCAAGCGCUACGUCUUUGACACUUUUGAGGAGCAGCCAGGCGUCGGCGAGGAUGGCCAGCACGUUUACAGCUGGCCCGACACAAGCAACCCUGGCGCCGCUGACGAGACAAAAGUCCCCCUUUCAUUGCUAAUAGAUGAUUUCCUGAAAGCCGGGUACCCCGCAGGCACCAAGUUUGCCAACUUCAAUGGUGCACCAAUAUGGCCUCUGGUCACAUUCCGUUGGGACUCUCACUGGCCGCGACUUGACAAUCUGGACAACGGGGGCGCUUCCGAAAGCUCGACAGGGGACAGCUUGGGCUCCGAACAUAGCGACGAAGAGGAGCCGAACGAGUAUGAAAGCGAGGGAAUUGAUGACUCAAUAAUCGACGACGGAAGCGAGAGCGCCGAUGACGACCUACUUGUUGUACCUCUAGUGGACGGUGACAGCAGUGACCAAAGCGAGCAAGAAGAAGACAGUUCAUCACUUGUGUCAAGCUCGCCGCGCCCUGAAGGUUACACACAGGAUGGGGCGAUUGAUCUAACGGCGGACGACGAAGGGGAUAUGCCUCGGUUUUCAAGCCCGGAACCGUCGUCGUCUGAAACCCUCCAGGGAUCGUCCGAUUCUUCGAACGAAUCUGACUCGGAUCAACCAGCGGUCCGUACCUCUAGACCAAAACGCCCUAGAGCACGCGUUGUGGAUUCCGACUCAGAUUCCGACUCGGACGAUGCCGGCCGUCGAAAGCGAGCGCGCCUUGGCAACCACCGAAAUCCGAUCGCGCUAUCAAGCGAUGAUGAAAACGAGCACCGAAUAAUGCGAGGGAAUCGCCGAGCUCGGACUAUCAUCUCAGAAGAUGAAGGCGACGAGGACGACGAGGACGACGAGCAGGGGUACGACAGGACAAGAGACAUCCAGGACAGGAGAGAUUCCUCGUCCGGUACCUCCAGUUCAGAGGAGAAGGAUGACUCGGAGGAAUCCGAUGGAGGAGCUACCGUUGGCAAGCCACUUUCCCUUGCCAAGAAAUUGCAGCUACACCGGGAGAAUAACCCGAUCCCCCUAUCUGAGGAUGAAGAACUAGGGACCAGAGUUAGGGGAGACACCUGUAACAUCUACGGCACAAACAAGUGUAAUCUACAAAGUUCUGACGAUGUAUUUACUUGUAACAUCCCCACGGAUGUGGGAGGCGAGCCGGUAAAGAAAGGCAUCACUAAGGCUCUCGGGAAGGCCCAGAACAAGAGCUUGUGGAUUGUGGCGGGAGCCUUUAAGUCUACCCCCAUCCGUAACCUCGAGACAGAAACAUGGGUACCACCAUUGGACUUGUACCUAAACAAACGGCUUGCAGAUUUCGAAAACCGACUCCAACAACCCGAUCUACACGACGGUCAAGGCGGCAAGAAAACGGCGGGGAGCGUUGUCCUCACCGCCUGCCGCAAGAUACAGCAGAGACUUAGCUCGAGGAGGGGCAACAGGGGCCGACCGCGAACCUUGGGACCUCAAGGGCCUACGGCGGUGGAGAGAGCCGCGGGCACGGUCAUGCGCUGGACGGGGGGAAUAGUUGAUACGAACAGGGUAGUAGAAGAGGCUUGGAGAGCGAGGUGGUUAAAGGAACGGGACGGCAGAGCGAUCACCAGGCCGGCGGACGACUUUGACCAUCAGCAGGAGACACUAUUCCGGAACGGAACCCUAAGGAGGCACGACGGUCUCAGCAAGGCGAAGAGCUCACUGCUGGUUCAAAUCCGGACGGGAGUAAGAGGCUUACGGGACUUCUUGUUUACACGGGAAGUCCCGGAGGUUCUAACUCCUACCUACGAGUGUGGCGAGGGACGAGAGACUGCCGAACACCUGGUAGUGUGGUGUUUGGCCCCACCGUUGACUCGAAGAUGGGAGAGAACUGGAAUUCGGACACGACGGGACUUUUACUCUGUUCUACACGGCAUCAAUCCCACGACUGCACGGCCCGCGAGGAGAGUCCUCGACUGGCUGAUGGACUCGGGGAAGCUGCCGAUGUACAACUUAACCAGGAGGCUCGAGCUGGAAGCGGCGGCCGGAAGCGCCCCCGUUCGGAGGCCAGGAGGCCUCCUCUCUUUGUGUACCCAGACUCACCAGAACGCAUCGUUCCUUGAUUGGAUAUUCGUUGGAGGGCUGCAGCAACCUUUCUCAACGACAAACCCCGACAGAACCGAAUGGGGGACGAAGGUUGAGAAACUAGACCAGAAGUUACUGGAUGAACAGGAACAAGAAGUGAGGGUUCGACAGAGUCAAGUCAAGCGGCCAUGGCACCGAGAAGGGGCGGACAACCCGCCCGUGGAAAAGAGGGGAGAGGAAAUUGCGCCGCGAGCGGAGGCUCUAACAGGCAAACUCCUGACCACUCCGACGCGACUCCUGAAGCUCAUCCUCCCGUUGCCCUUCGCAGUGGAAAAAGACCAUGACAACAAUAGCAAACCAGACUAUGGGCGAUCCAUCUCUCCCAACGACACGAUCCAGCCCCUGGCACUACUAGUCCACCCCCAACAACCCUUGUCGUACGUGGAGCGCCUUAUCCAAGCCGAAAUCCCUCCAGUGGUAGAAAACGGCAAGGAGAAGAUCCCCAGCGUGUAUUUCCGCGCCGAGAAUACCGAGCAGGGGGACAACAAGCCGACGUCACGAUCCGAAGCGAGAGAGCGGGACCGGAACAGAAACAACAAAUCCGGAGCGCCCACCGGCCCGAGCCACGUCGAAUCCUACUCCGGACUCGGACACGAGGGCCCCGAGCGGCACGGGUCCGAGAAGAACUGGGUGCGGUGGAGCAACAGCACCGAGAUGGGCGACUUCAUCCGCGACGCCGCGCGCGGGCGCGAGUUCGCCGUCGAGAUCGAGGGGUACAACGUCGAGAUGCGCGUCAGCGUGCCGUCCUUCAACGACCGCACCUACUACAUGCGCGCCCAGCUCCGCCGCAUGAGCCGCCGCAUCGACGAGCUGUCGCACAUCAAGCGCGACUGCGACCUGCUCGCCCACCGCAGCGCCAACCUGCUGGCCAAGGGCGGGUUUGCUCUGCUCAGCGGCUGGUGGGGGGUUGUGUACUACGUCACGUUCCAUACCGAGUUCGGCUGGGACCUUAUUGAGCCGGUGACGUAUCUUGCGGGCCUGUCGACCAUCAUGGGAGGCUACCUGUGGUUCCUGUACAUCAGCAAGGACCUCAGCUAUAAGGCGGCCAUGAACGUGACGGUCUCGCGGCGCCAGAAUGCUCUUUAUGAGGCACGGGGGUUUGAUCCUCAGCAAUGGGAACAGUUGGUCCAGGAGGCGAACGGGCUACGUCGCGAGAUCAAGAUAGCUGCCGUCGAGUACGAUGUGGAAUGGGAUGAGGCAAAGGAGCUCGGAGAUGAGGUGAAGGAGGUGCUGAGCGAGGAGCGGAACAAGGCCGAAGAGAAUUCCCGGUCGUCUGAAAAGGAAAAAGACGAAGAGUUCACGGAACAGGAGAGGAGAAAGAAGGGCGAACCAAAGUCGAAGUCUUCGCUUGACGGAGAAGGUGAACAAAGGAAGGGAUAA